AACAUCUCUGUAUUCGACAGCUACAUGGCUUGAGUUGACAAACGGAUUGAGUUUAAGUAAUUAAUCCGCUUGGACACAUCUCUAAGGGUUGUCAUCAAGCCACGCUCAGCAAUGCCAUAUUUCAAAACAUCUAAAAAAAAUCUGCCAUUGUCAACAUUGCUGGAUAUUAAGUCACAGAAAUGUGGGCCAAGGUGCACAGUUUUCUCCGUCAAUGGAAAUGAAUACACUGGGGAGUGGCUGGACAACAAGAAACAUGGGGAGGGAAUUCAGGUGUGGAAGAAAUCUGGUGCUAUUUAUGAUGGAGAGUGGAAAUUUGGAAAAUGUGAUGGACAUGGUACCUAUGGUGUGCUGCUCCCAGAAUCAAAGGAGUAUGUGAAGAAGUACCGUGGUGAAUGGAAAAAUGGAAAGAAACAUGGGUAUGGGACUUACUUCUAUAGCUCUGCAGUUUAUGAAGGGGAGUGGAGUGAGGACCAUCGGAGUGGCUGGGGAAGAAUGUAUUAUGAGAAUGGAGAUAUUUACCAGGGAGAGUGGAUGAAGGAUAAGAACCACGGACAUGGCUGCAUCCUAUUUACAAAUGGAAAUUGGUAUGAAGGCUCCUGGCGAGAUGGCAAGAAAAAUGGUAACGGCAAGUUCUACUAUUCUGACAAAGGCCAACUUUAUGAAGGCUUUUGGGUGGAUGGAGUAGCAAAGUGUGGGACCCUGUCUGAUUUUGGGAGGAAUGAAGCACCAACACCGACGAAGUAUCUAAUUCCACAGCUACACCUGGUGGACAUGCAGUUGGUUUUAAGGGAAGCCCAGUCAGCCUUCCUUGAGAGGAUUGACAGCAAGUUUUCAGUCCAUGACACACUCACAGACAGUGAAUAAAAAGAGAAAAUAC